AUGGAUUAUACUUAUACCAAUCCACAACAUCAUGAGGAAGCUAAUAGAGGCUCAACAGAAGAAUUUCCUCGAAGUGUACUGGAUAGAGCCACAGCUGCAAAAUUACGCUUGGAGAACUAUUAUAAAACCGCUCUUGAACAAGCUCAUGAAAGAAACCAAAGACGCACUGAAUUAGAAACAAAAUUAGCUCAAGAAAACUGUAGUGAAGAAAAGAAAAAGAGACAACUUCAAUCACUAGGCAGAAAAGAAUCUCAAUAUCUGAGAUUAAGAAGAACAAGGCUUGGUUUAGAUGACUUUAUUACAGUAAAAGUUAUUGGUAAAGGUGCCUUUGGCGAGGUGCGUUUGGUUCAAGCAGGAGAUACGGGCAAAAUUUAUGCAAUGAAAACGCUUAAAAAGUCAGAAAUGCUAAAAAAGGAUCAGUUAGCUCAUGUCAGGGCUGAAAGAGAUGUCUUGGCCGAGGCAGAUUCACCUUGGGUUGUUCAGCUUUACUUUUCUUUUCAAGAUGCACAGUAUCUUUAUUUGAUCAUGGAAUUUUUACCCGGCGGAGACUUGAUGACCAUGCUCAUCAAGUAUGACACAUUUAGUGAACCGGUGACUCGGUUCUAUAUUGCAGAAAUCGUGUUGGCAUUAGAGGCUAUCCAUAAUUUGGGAUUUAUCCAUCGUGAUGUAAAACCAGACAACAUACUUAUUGACAAAGACGGCCAUAUCAAACUCUCUGACUUUGGCCUCUCUACCGGUUUCCACAAAACACAUGACUCUCAGUACUAUCAACGAUUACUCGAAGGUGCACAACAGAAUUCUUCUGAAGUUAUUAUUAAUCUGAACACACAAAAGGAGAAGAUUGCCACUUGGAAAAAGAAUCGAAGGGCACUUGCUUAUUCAACAGUGGGUACGCCCGAUUACAUUGCACCUGAGAUUUUCUUACAGAGAGGAUAUGGUAAAGAAUGUGAUUGGUGGUCACUCGGCGCCAUCAUGUUUGAAUGUCUCUGUGGUUAUCCUCCAUUCUGUUCAGAGAAUCCUCAUGAGACAUAUCGAAAGAUUAUGAAUUGGAAGGAGACGUUAAUUUUCCCAGAAGACCAACCGAUUAGUAGAGAAGCAGAAGACCUCAUCCGCAGGUUGAUAUGUGAUCAUGAGCAUCGAUUAGGUAGAAAUGGCGCUGAAGAGAUUAAAGCACAUCCAUUCUUUUAUGGCAUCAAUUGGGAGCAACUUCGAAAUGAAAGAUCCCCUCAUAUACCUCAAUUAAAGAGUAUCACAGAUACAAGUUAUUUCCCUAUAGAAGAAUUAGAAGCAGUACCAGAUACGAUCGAUAACCAAGCUUAUCAAACAGAUACUGUUAAUGCACAAAAAGAUCUUGCCUUUGUUGGCUACACUUUCAAACGCUUUGACUAUUUAACAAAAAAGAAUGUUUUGUAA